UUUUAAUUUGUACUCUCAGAUGGAGGGACGAAAAUGGGAGGAGUUAAACAUGGAUAUUUUGGUGAAUGUGUUUGGAAGAGUGGGAAUGGAGUCGUUGUUGUUGGAUGUUCCCUUUGUAUGUAAGUCUUGGUAUAAAGCGAGCCGCGAACCUCAGUGCUGGGAGCAUCUUAUUUUUCCUGAAUACAUCAAAUCUGACGAUAUAUGGGAAGAAGACAGCCCCGACAGGGGCUUUGCAGAGAGGUUAGUGACUACAUAUCAAGAAAACUUGUCUGUCACUGCAUUCAUGAAGUUCAUAGUUAACCGUAGCGGUGGAUGUGCCACAAUCAUCAAACUCCCCAAAGACUGCACCGAGGAGGCACUGGAGUAUAUUGCAAACGAGUGUCCCAGAUUAAAGGCUUUGGAUGUGGUUUUUAAUAAUUUUUCUAUGGAAGAUAUUAUUCCAAAACUAAGCAAGUGGAAAAGCUUGGAACUGAUGAGACUAGGGAAAUUUCAUGUAGGGCUAUUUCACAUGAAAUCUGUCCUACCACAGAUCGGUCUUCACUGCAACAACUUCAUUUGGCUAUCAGCUCCACAUGCCUCCAUUGAGAAAGAUGAAGCAUCGGCCAUUGUGGCCUCAUUGCCAAGACUCAAGUACUUGGAUCUACAUUACUCAUUUUUUGAGAAGGAAGCUCUAGUGAUGAUAUUGCAGGGCUGCAAAAAGCUUGUUCAUUUAGACGUCAGGAAGUGCUUUGGUUUUUGUGAUGAUGAUGCCGAGAUAUUGGAGCUUGCUUCACAUAUUCCUGUAUUCAUGUGUGAAGGGUCGGGCAUAAUACCUGAGAUAGGAACCAGUUAUCUGCGUGACCGCAGGCUUGACCAUGAGCUAUACUGCGAUCAAAUUAAUCACGAUGACUGUGUUUAUGAUUUAUUCGAUUAUGAUGAUUUGUUUGACGGUUUGUGAUUUCAGUUGAGGUUCAGGUGGGCUUGUUAAUAAGCUAAAGCGCUAUGAAAAACUCGCUUGCGUGCCUCUUUAUGUAAUGUAAGACAAAUUAUUAGUGACUCUGAAGAGUUAAUGCUGCUCUACCUAGACUGCAAAAUAUGCUAAUAUUGUUCGACUUUUGUGUAAUGUCUUUAUAAAUAUUGCUUUCAACUAAACAUAUAAUUAUAUUUGACUUUUGGCUUC